ACAUUGUCUAGCUUACAAAGAUUUAAAGGAGGUAUCGUUUAUGUUUUGACAACAUAUAUCUCAUGAGUUAUUGAUGCUGGAAGUCCGAAUCUGUGAAUAUCUUUAACUUUAACCUCACUAACGGAAGUUGACUCACAACGGAAGUGCGCAGCGGCCAGAAGAAACGGGGGACAAUAUUUUCUGACGGACUGUUUUGAUUGCGGGAGAGUUUAAUGAGACUAAAAUGUACUGUCCUUUUUGUGGAUCCGGCCUGCAUUCACUAAAUGCGUCCUGCAGUUCAUGUGGCAAGGACAUCAAAUUCUUGCAUCAUGCUGAUAAGCCUGGCACAAGUGGAGAAGGAAGCACAGCAGCAGCAGGAAAAGGUGCAGUGGAGGCAUUCCAGAAUUUUCGGAUUUUAAAAGAGAAGGAGAGACAGUCAUGCUUCACAAAGAAAAAGGCACAACGGACAGACAACGUGAAGAUUUCAGUUGCUCUUAUGGGACUGAUGAAUGGAGUGCUGAAACCUGUCAGAGGAACAGCUCUACCGCUUGUUGUGAAGCCAGAGCUGGAUGCAGAGCAGUUGCACAAAGCUGCUGUACAAAAAACGAAAGACUUAAACCUAAAUUUGCAAAGCGGACCCUUCUUUCUUCUCUACCCUGAUGGUGCAAAGAUAAUAAAUAUACCAGGAACAGAAACGCCCUUCACUGUGAAAGGCUAUAAGGAGGCAGUGGGAAAGGCAUACCAGCGCAUUACAGUGUACAUUUGUACAGCUGAAGAUUUUCUUACCUAUUCUCAGGAACCAAACUCAAACAAGUCCGAUUCAGACUCAGAGGUGGUCAUUACAAGCAGAAGCGCUGCAGAAUUCAGUUCAGCUGACACAGUGCUAUGGGAACCUACUUCGAACAGCAGCAGUGCUGACGACAGAGAAUCAUGCAUUGAUUCAGAAGUGCGUCCAGUGAGCAGAGAUCCUGUCCGGUUUUGGUCCAGACGAAGGUAGUCCGGCAAGUUUGCUGGGGUCACGAAAAUAAAGCGUUUUUCUUCUCAAACCAAUAUGUGUUCGAAAGAGUGAUGUAUUUGCAUCACAAAACCGUUGUCUACGAAAAUGUCAGAUCUCGUAAACGUUUGGUACUAUUUUCUCUCCCUUCAUAUCACUCCGCGCUGCCUCCAGCUGGCAGCCGCGCACCACUUUUGUUUUGUUUGGCAGUGUUUUCAUGCUCAGACCAGCGACGCUAACCAGCUAACUUUAGAAAAUGGUCCGGACUUGUGACUAUCCAGGCUGUACCAACAAAAAUGUGGCUGCAUCUCCGCACUUAUUUCAACGUUUUCCCGUGGCGGACGUUGCUCUGAGGCGACUUUGGCUUAUUUCUCUAGGCUUCAAUGUAAACACCAAACUGGCUAAGGUUAAAAAGCUUUGUGUUUGCAGUGCGCACUUCAGCAACGACGACUAUGUUUCUCCAAGCCCAGGACAGAGGAAGAAACGUGUUGGAGUGCUGCUGUCCCUGCACCGCAGAUAAGAACAUAGACCGCAGUGUAAUAACAAAGUUGUGCCGCAAUGUUUUCAAGCGAGCGGUUUUGUCAAGAAUCAGCAAUGUAAUGUGUGCAGCAAAUCACUCAAUGUCAUAUUACCAGUGAAGCUUUUACAAAUCAUAACUUAACAAAAUCUGACUCCCCCUACAACUUCUCUCUUGUGAUGACUACAUGCUUGAUACUUCACACAGCAGCAGCAGAGGUGCAGAUGUUGUAGCUGAGAAAGUUUGGAGGUUGUCACUUCUUGCAUUCCCAAAAUAGUAGGGGAGUCAGAUUUUGUUUAGUGACAAAAGAAGCUGAGAGUAGCAUAGAAUCUCCCCCGAUGCCAUUUAGGGUGCGCACAUACGGAUGAGAAGAGGAGGAGAAACAUGUCACCUAAUCAUAUUAAAAAGGAAAACAUGUCUGCAGGUCGGUACUUAAUCACAAUUAACCCGAAAACAACAGCAAAAACUGUAAACGUACAACAGAAAACCCGUCAAGUGGCCACAGAGUGAAACGUAAGUCGCACGUGUUCACGCGAACGGGGAGUCAGAUUUUUCUGGGAAGUGUAAAAAUUGUACAACACUGGUCUGAGGCAUGAAAGUCCAGGGCUGAAAAUUAGUCCCACUCCAGCCCUGAAUGCUGCUCCUUUAGAAUAGAAUAGAACUUUGUCAUUGCAGCAAGUACAACGAAAUCCACUAAUCGUUAAUAAAAGCUGUUCUACGCCAAAACUCACCAGCGGAUUGACUGAAUGAAUGAGGAAAUCAAACAUCGUGUGUGGCUGAAAGAGGGUGGAGACAGAGAGAAAUUCGAGGUUUCCUGAGAUAAACCUGGUCCCAGAGUCUGUUACUGCGGUGACUGACCGAGAGUUUAAGUUACCUCUCUUUGUGAAACAGGCUAGAGUUACCCCGCUUUCCCUGGUCAGAGUUACCUCGUUUUUGAAAUGGAAAAGUCAGAGUUUUCCUCAUUUCAGGGUUAACAAACUCGAGUUUUCACUAAACCUGCUUCGUGAAACAGGCCCCUGUUGAUGUUCAUCUCUUGAUAUUUACAUCAAUACAUGACGCGUUUACUUAAAAAUAUCAUAGUUUUUUUAGU